CUUUGCUUUUCCUUUCCUUCUUUAAUGUCCGUUCAGUGUGGUACUUGCAAGUGGUUUGAUGUUAGGAAGGGUUUUGGCUUCAUUACACCAGACAAAGGUGGCCCAGACCUUUUCUGCCACCAAACCUCCUUAAAGUCUCAAGGUUUCCGUGCGUUAGCUGAGGGUGAGCGUGUGGAAUUUACCGUGGAGAUAGAUGGAACUGGUAGAGCGAAAGCUGUGAAUGUUACGGGGCCUGAUGGCGUAGACUGUCAAGGCCCUCAAAGGCGCCACUUCCCCUCUCGGGAUAAUUAUUAUGAUGACCACGCUUAUAAGCCUUCUAAUGGAUUUUCUUCACCUUCUUAUAGGAGUGGAGGUUAUAACCAGAGAAGACAACGUGAUUACGAACCUCGUUACUACUCACACGCCGAAGACGAGGGUAGCGACAACAGGAACUUUCGCAGAGACCGUAGAAGUCACUCUAGGCAAGGCUUUAGGGGUCACCAAUCUCGUCAUCCCCGUUAUGAACAGGAAAACCAUUUUUAAAGCUUAUGAUUAAGUCACUUUAGAGUUCACUGUAUUUAGGACGACAAGAAGACUGUUAUCUAUUAUUACUAA